ACAUGCCCUGGCACGCCUCCCUGCUUCCCUGCCUGCCUCCCGCACGCGGCGCCCGGUGCCAAGGGCUCAAGAGAGACGGGAUAAUGCUUGCGCCAUUUCGGGGGAAAGGAUUAAUUUGGCCCGGUAAUCCUUGUCCUCUCCCGCCCGCCCGCUUCCCUCUCGCUCCCUUCCUUCCUCUCGCUUCGGGGACGGCGCCGGAGAGGGACCCGGAGAGGAACACCAAGGACCCAGAGCCAGCGUAGGAGUCCUUUUCGGAGCCAAAGUUGCCAGAGGCGGAGACGACCUGCCUUCCCGGCUGCGAGAAACAGAGAGAGAUAAGAGAGAGAGAGGAGUCUCCCAAAAGGAACCUGCGCCGCCCUUUCUCUCUCUCCAACUGAAGGAAGGGGAAGAAAGAAAGAGGGAGGGGAUCAAACGAUGAAGCGGAGGAGGACUCGUUGGGAGAAGCCGGGAAACUUUGCGGCGGGAUGCUGAGCUGGAGAGGCUGAGAGCGCAUCUCUCUCUCGGUCUCGCCUAGGCUCGUCUCGUCCUCCUCUUCUUCUUCCUUUCCUCCACCAGAUCUCCAUCAGAUCCCCAAGCCCCGGAGGAGGGGAUCCAUUCCUUCGCCGACCCCGUUAUUUCCCCCUCCCGGGCCCUGCCAUGGGCCCCUGAGGAGGCUCCGGGAGGAUGGGGCUGCCCUCCCAGUGAGCCGGGCGCCUCGCUUUCCGAGGGGGGAACCGUACAAAAGCCGCUUUCGGCCCCAGAGACGGAGGGAGGGCACCCCCGCUCGCCAUGGGUCUGGAGGGGCAGCCGGGGCCCGUGUCCAAGCCGGGGCCGCUCUUCCAGCUCAGGAAAGUUCGCAAGAGGCGCGAGAUGCUGCUGCAACAGCUGGGCUUCAUCUGCGCCAUCCUCUUCUUCGCCUGGUGCAUGGCCACCCUCCUCUCCAAGCUCGGACAAGAAUCAGCUAUUGUCGACAAAAAUGUCCUGUCAGAUUUAUGGAGGAACAGAAGAUUGAUGGCAUCAAAUAAUGAGUCAGUGAGAGAAAAGAACUGCACGGAGCCAGCAAUUCAUGAAUUCCCUGACGACCUAUUCACAAAUCAGGAAAGACAACAAGGAGCAAUUUUGCUACAUAUUAUUGGUGCUCUGUAUAUGUUCUAUGCUUUGGCUAUAGUUUGUGAUGAUUUCUUUGUUCCAUCUUUAGAGAAAAUCUGUGAGAAACUACAUCUGAGUGAAGAUGUUGCUGGAGCCACAUUUAUGGCUGCAGGAAGCUCAACCCCAGAGUUAUUUGCAUCUGUCAUAGGUGUGUUUAUCACUCAUGGGGACGUAGGUGUUGGAACCAUUGUAGGUUCAGCUGUUUUCAAUAUCCUCUGCAUCAUUGGAGUUUGUGGUAUCUUCGCUGGACAGGUGGUCCGGCUCACCUGGUGGUCUGUGUGCAGGGAUUCUGUCUACUAUACACUGUCUGUGAUCGUUCUUAUUGUGUUUAUAUAUGAUGAGAAAAUUGUAUGGUGGGAAAGCCUUAUACUCAUCAUUAUGUACACAUUCUACAUACUUAUCAUGAAGUACAAUGUGAAGAUGCAGAAUUUCUUUACUUUAAAAAGCAUGAAUGUUGGGAAUGGCAACACUGUCAACAGCGAACUGGAAGAUGGUAAUGACUCUUAUGACAUUGGUCAUGAUGACCCUUCAAUACCAUUGCUGUGGAAAGUGAAGGGGACACAACAGUACGGCCGAAGUUCCGUGGUGAUGGUCGAUGAGAUAAUUUGUUCCAGUCCUCCAAAGUACCGGUUUCCUGAAGCUGGCUUGCGAAUAAUGAUUACAAACAAAUUUGGACCAAGGACCAGGCUACGGAUGGCAAGCAGGCUCAUUAUCAAUGAGCGGCAGCGACUAAUCCAUUCGACUAAUGGCAAGCUGAUACAGAAUGGCAAACAUGAUAACAUUGAAAACGGCUCGAUACCCAUUGAUAAUCAAGGAGAGGAAACUGAACAUGUUAAUCUGUCACCAUUUUCACCUCCAGAAGGAAAAAUGGACAAACUCAAAUGGGCUCUGACCUGGCCACUGAUAUUACUCCUCUUUUUCACCGUCCCAAAUUGCAGCAAACCUCGCUGGGAGAAUCUUUUCAUGCUGACCUUCCUCUUAUCUACUGUAUGGAUUGCAAUGUUUUCCUAUGUUAUGGUGUGGCUGGUUACAGUGAUUGGUUACACCCUAGGGAUACCUGAUGUUAUCAUGGGCAUUACUUUCCUAGCUGCAGGAACCAGUGUACCAGACUGCAUGGCCAGCCUCAUAGUAGCAAGACAAGGCCUAGGUGACAUGGCAGUAUCAAAUACAAUUGGCAGCAAUGUGUUUGACAUUCUGGUGGGCCUUGGAGUUCCAUGGGGCUUGCAGACUAUGGUGGUUGAUUAUGGCUCAAGUGUUAAGAUAAACAGCAAGGGGCUUGUCUAUUCUGUUGUGCUUCUUCUAGGGUCCGUCGCUCUUACUGUUGGUGGUAUCCACAUAAAUAAAUGGAAACUUGACCGGAAGCUGGGCAUUUAUGUGCUCAGCCUUUAUGGCAUCUUCUUGUGCUUCUCGAUACUGAUAGAGUUCAAUGUCUUCACUUUUGUCAACUUCCCAAUGUGCCGAGAAGAUGACUGAAUGGAACUAUGGACAGGUGUCAUCUGGAUCCAUUGUGCUAAAAACGACAGGAGAAAUUUUACAUUGCUACCUGCUUCUUCUCCUAAUUCUCAGUGUCUUUCCUGCUUCAUCACCUUACAAGCACUUUUCUUGUACUUGGAAGGAAAACACCUGUUCCUUUGAAAUACAUGAAAGCUCAAGGCAACCAAAGCAUUUUCUUCUUCUUCUUCUUUGGAUCUUACCAUUCCAUCACGCAGCUCUGUGAAUCUCAUGCAGAACUUGCAAAAGUUCAAUGGUAUCCUCUUGUGGUGUUCAGUCUCUUUUAGGCAAGUGAUUCUCAUCAUCCAUUUUCAUAUGAAGCUUGGAAAAGAAACUCGAUAACCCAACUUUGUUAUGAUGGCCUUUGGUUUUCCAAAUAAAAGGAAAAGAGAGUGGGUCAGGACUUUUAUUUUGGCUCAUUUUGAGCAUCUUAGCCAUGGGAUUUAAUGCACUUAUUAUGAAAUGCACUACUAAGGACCUGUCUUCUCCCCUUCAAGUGCUCUGUUUAAAGAGAACUUUCACUGAUGCUGAGGAGUCUUUGGUGGUAUUCAGUAGAACAUUGUUACCCUGUUUUCGUUAUUUAAAAAGGACGACUUGAAGGACACAAAAACAAUCCCACUAAAAAGAGAGGAGGGAAUACAACACUACUGAUAUUGUCAUCCUUUCAAAAAUACUAUGGAACCGAUUAUGUGGCAAACUGGAGAUCCAUACUUGAAUAUAGCAACACAACAUUCUAAAGUUGGUGAGGAACAAUUGCAAAUAUCAAGAAUGACUAUAUAUAUAUAUAUAUACAUAUGGAAUAUUAUGCUUUUUGUUCAUAAAGUUGUGGCAGCACCACUCCGUAUACCCACCAAUUUUAGAGAAACUGAAAAUUAAAAUCUCGGGUGCUCAGUAAAUGAUUGUCAAGGUAAAUCAUUGAAGAAUGUGAGUCUAAUCCAAAUGCCUUCCAGAUUCUCAUAGAUGCACUAUGGAUUUGAAGGUGUUUUAUAUUUUCCUGUGUGCUCAUGCAUGAUUGAAUGUAUGCACGCACACAACAAAAUAUCACUGCACAAUUCCCAGUUGAUUGUUAUUUCCAUGAGCUAAAUUUAGUGUGUGUCCAGCUUCACAUUUUAGCAAAAGCUUUGGAAAACUGGGUGGCAGGAAUAUAGUAAAAUCCCUGCUGGCCUUUGAAAAACUGGAUUAAAAUAAUUAUGGAACAUUGCACAGUAUGCACCUUUCUUUCUGUCCACUGUGUUUCAGAUCAUUGUUGAUAUAAGCCUGCCUUGUUGGCACUGCAGAGCUUGGAAAAUUUACCUUUUGAGUUGUAAUUCUCAAAAUUGCUUUGUUGGUUCAAGUUGUAUUCUGAAAAACCAAUGCUACCAAGUUUUACAGAACCAAAGAGAUUAUUAUCCACAUUAUGAGAAUGACAAAGAAUGUUUUCAGCCAAUGUUGUCAUUUUUUUGAACCCCUACUCCCUGAAUUCCCUAGUUUGCAUAGGGGAUCCAAGGACGUUUAGUGCAAAGAGUCAUUUUUUUCUGAGCACUUUUCUCAGAUUGGAUUAGAAAUGUCCUAUUGAGAACUGUUGAAAAAGUUUGCAUCAACAGGGAAAAAAUCAGGACCCCUUUAACUUAAAGCAUACAAUCAAUGAUAGGGAGUAAAAUAAGGAUGUACUUGUAUAUUUAUCCAUUUGCUGUGCUCCCUUUGUCAGCACUUUAUUGUAAAGAUUCUCCUGCACCCAAAUGCACAUUAGCCUGAUCUGCAUAAAAGAGAUUGUUUCUAUUUUUGUUGGGGGAUUUUGUCAAAAGAAUGAAGUAGUUCUUAUUUUUAUUUUUUUGUCAAAGCAUAACUGAUUUGGCAGCUGUCUAGUUUUUGUAUUUUGCCAGUAUCAUAAAUUAAAUAGGCCUGCAUCUUUACAGAUGUGAUUGAGAAGAACACUGGAGCCAUAAAACAUAAACUGUAGAUGGUUUUGGACAUUGCCACAGAAGGAGGCUUUUCUCUUGUGCCGUCUGAUCCACAAUCGUGUACAUCUCCAGCCCAUGCAGCCCAUAAGCUCCAUUUGUAUCCAGAAACUGUUGCAAAAUGUACCAUUUCAGAAUUUUCCCAGGAAACGCAAAAGCAUGAAAUGCAGGUUACCUGUACCAAUAAUACAUGAUAAUGUUAGAAAUAUUUCUAAAUCACAUGCUGAAAUUGUGGUCCCAGGCAGGUUUGUCAAAAAUUUCCAUUCCUUGACUCCAUCAUAGUAUUUUUUAACAUAGACUGCUAAAUAAAAUAUAUUGGAUGCCUAAAAUAUUUUGUACCUUAAAAUACAUUUAUAUAUAUGUAGAUGCUCAAACCCCAUUAUAUACAAAUAAUGACACAAUUUUAUUGCUUUUUAUAUAUAAUGGGGUUUGAAUAUCCACAGAUUUUUUUGAUCCAUGGGAGUCCUGGAACCAAGCGCUAGCAGAUACCAAAGGCCCCAACUGAUUGGCAAAAUGUUUCUUCACAUGUCUCUCAAGGUCUUGAGCUCACUUAAGCGAAUCUGAAACAAUGAUUUCUUUCCUUGAUCAGAUUGUACUUGGUAAAGUCUGUCAACGAAGUAUAUAGCACAUUGGUGAAUUGGCGGCAAUACUAUAUGAUUCAAAGAGAUCUCUCUCUAGCAUUUAGAGUUCAGGACUAAAAUGGAGAUUUAGACUUUAUAUACAUCUUAGCUAACAUAAAACCUGAACUUUCCAGAUUCAUGUAUGCAAGACCAUUUCAUGUAUGCAUGCUUCCAUAUCAUGUCAUUCCCUGUGAACAAUGGAAUUGCAUUGCACUGAGCUGUUUCACACAUUACAUGGAAUUUGCAUUCGAUGUAGUCCUAGCUUGGCUAUUAGGGACUAAAGCUUCCAGAAUCCCUCAUGCUGUCCAGGUAAGCUAGGUGAUCCUGGAAGUUGUAGUUCAAAAACAAAUUGCCAAGCUAUGGAGUUAAGUGUACGAUAGAAUAUCUUUUAAUAUUGGAACCAGAUAUAAUAUCAAAAAAUGUUAUUUGUGAAUUGGCUCAGUAUUCAGUUGCAAGCGAAACAGAGCUAAGUAAUCACAUGAAGUGCUUGAGACAUGUGCUUGAGCCAAUCCAAUGGCAAUCGACUCUUCCAUGCAAGCAGGAGUAGAGAGUCCAAAAGGGGGGUGGGCCCUCAAGCAAACAUUUCUUAAGUUGGUCUCUUAGGUGCAUUAUUGAUUAAAAUGAUAUAGAACUGCUGAUCUCUUUCAAAAUUAUAUACAAUUUCUGAUACUGGGAAAUGUAAUGUGAAUAAAACAUUUUUUUAAAAAAAACGGAUUACUUUACUGUGAAUUGGUAUGAGGCAUCCAAGGGUUAUUUUGAAUAGUUUCUGCGUAAAGGGAGCAGCUUCUUCCUAAUCUUCAAUUGUAACAAAUAUCAGUAUUGACUAAGUGGGCAACUGACUCCAGGAAAUCAGCUUUAAUGCCGUAGUUUGUGCCAGAAUCACAGUCUUUAUUGUAUAAUUAGAACACAAGAAGGAAGGACCAUGGGCUAUAUUUCAUUUGCAUCAGACCCUUCAUUUUUGUGAGAUCAUGGUGCAUGACCCCCCUCCCUCCAAUAUGAAAACUCUUCAGCAAAUCUAGAGAGCCAACUUUACUCUUGUAAAAAAAGAAACCAAAGAAGUCCAUCUCUUAAUAUCAUUAAAGCCAAUCAACGGAACCCACACACCAUGGGGAUGGGACCCAAUAUGUUGGUCCAGUCCCCACAAUUGCAAACAGAAAGUGGAAGUGUUUCACCAAAGCAGUGCCGAUUGCUACUACUGCUGUGAUGGUAGCAUUUCAAUAUUCUUGAAAUACAGAUAUGGAACAAGUAGAACAGGUGAUUCUAGAAGUUGGUGUCUUAAGUAUCUUUUCUAGCCUCUGCAGUCCAGAAACUUUCCAGGCAGGACCCUUUCUGUCUCCUCCUCUGGUCUCAUUCUUCAUAAGACCAUCAAACUAUGUUAAAAAAUAUUGGGGUUGCUAUCUGUUGGGUAGAUGUGAUAAGUAGGUCACAAUCAUGCAACGCACAAAAGAGAAAGGCCUUUAAGAGUCAUUUCUACAUUUGUUGAAAUGCCACAAUCUGGUAAGGCAGAGUUGUAAGGGCAAAUUAUGGGAAAGGAGGCAUCAGGCACUUAUAUGGCCCUCUUCUACUCCAAAGAAGGAAAAGUGUGUGUGUGUUUGUAUCAGAAUUUCCUUCUUUUCCCCCUUUCUCUUUGUUCCAGUGCUAAAUAGGACAUCAGCUUACCAAAAAUCCAAAAAAGAAAUCUCUUUUAUUUUAUUCAGCAUUUUUGUAGAGAAGUAGAAUGAAUAUUGCUUGCAUUUUGGAGGAGUCUUGGGUUCGAUUCCAAAAAUAUAUCCCAAUGUGCUUCUAGGCUGUUUUUUUAAUCUGUUGUUAUAUAUAUUUUUUAGAGAAAAUAAUUAUUCAUAUUGUUGAAAAGGGCCUUGUAAGCCAUGUGGAUCACUCUUCUGUUUGUUGCAGGAAACCCAAAGUACCCAGUUGAACCUUCCCAUCAGAAAAUAUAGGCUGCAACAUACAUGCACACAUGAAUAUAUGACUUGCCAAAGAACAUGUACAGUUCAUAUGAGGACAAUGAUGAGCAUCAAUCAUUUAUGUUGAAGUUUCCCAUUGUAUAUUUUGAUCCAUAUGUGAAAGUCCACCACAUCCAAACCAUAAGACAGCAUUUCUUGGGGUGGGGGAUGUCGGGUAAUCUUUCAUUUGACUCAUUCCUAUGCUUGUAGAAGAUCCACAAACAUAUUUUUGCAAUAUUUUGCCAAUAAUCUCUCCAAUAAUGUUGGUCUCAAUUUGUGCCUUGUGUUCACCCUGAGACAAAUUCAUACAUUUGAGAUGAAAAGAAAUUACUGUGGGUUCUGACUUGCCUAUGGCCCACUUUCUUUUUAAUAUCAGAGACUUAUGUCCACUUCCCCUUACAAAUUGCUAAAAGAUGUUUUGCAUUCAUGUACAAGAUGGGUAAACAACAGCUGUAUUAUUACAUAAAAUUAAGUCACAAGUUCAAUUGACUGUCUAGGUAGAUGUGUUGCAUUGGUGUUGAAGUAAGACCAGGGGAAAUGCUCUUAAUGGUAUUCAGAUUACAGAUGAAAAAUACUUUUGUUUAGGAAUGCAAGUGUCUAAAAUGGAUUAAGUUUGAUCAAAACUCCAAUGAGCCACUGCACUAGUCUAGACCUUAGGUGUAAUAAUACGGUUCUCCAGAUACAGUAGAGUCUCACUUAUCCAACAUAAACAGGCCAGCAGAAUGUUGGAUAAGCGAAUAUGUUGGAUAAUAAGGAGGCAUUAAGGAAAAGCCUAUUAAAAAUAAAAUUAGGCUAUGAUUUUACAAAUUAAGCACCAAAACAUCAUGUUAUACAACAAAUUUUACAGAAAAAGUAGUUCAAUACACAGUAAUGUUAUGUUGUAAUUACUGUAUUUAUGAAUUUGGCACCAAAAUAUCACAAUAUAUUGAAAACAUUGACUACAAAAAUGCGUUGGAUAAUCCAGAACAUUGGAUAAGCGAGUGUUGGAUAAGUGAGACACUACUGUACUGUCAAACUGCUUGUCCCAGUAGCCUUAUCAGAACAAAUAGGUAUUCUGGAAGUUACAGUUUAAUAACAUCUGCUGGGCUUCCAGCCCUAUCCUAAGCUUUGGCCAAAACUCUAUUGAUAUUCCUGAUUAGAUUGGGCCCAUUGAGUCGGUGGGAUUUCUGUCAGUGUCAACUCAUUGUUCAACAGCUGAAUUAAUGGAUCUAAUAUAGAUGAGGCUCUGCAUGGGAUUCAGGCAUGUAUUUUGCUCAGACUUUUCGGAAGUAAGCAGGUUUAUCCUAUUGUAGAUAUUAUAGAGGUCGUUGCCUCAUCAAAAAUAUUUCAAAAGCAUAAUCCAGUAUGUAUGUUUGUGCUAAAAUAUAUGUGGAUAUGUACAGUUGACUUUCUGGAUCCAUGGCUUCAACCAUCCAUAGCUUUAAAAUAUCUCAUUUUACUGUGCCAUUGUAUGGAAUGGAACUUAAGCAUUCAUGGAUUUCACCAUCCAUGGUGAACCAAACCCCAGCAGAUACCAAGAGUCCACUACUUAUACUAAAAUACGUCUGCAUGCAUAUCUUAAAAAGACCUUUAAGUCACUGUUCUAUAUUGUAUGGACAAUAUAGAAGAAAAUGGUAAAUACUCAGAGUUUGGCAAAAUUACUUCUUUGGACCAUAAUGUCAAAAAUCCCAUGGCCAAAGAGGCAGAAGAGCUUCUCUUGAUUAUAUUGAAGCACAGGCAGUUUGACAAAAAGAUGGUCCCAAGCUGUUGGGGACAUUAAACAUAAGAACAUUAAAUCAACACUUUGAAUUGAGCUCAGAAGUGAAUACAAAGAAAGUGGAGCUUUUGUGUAAUCAGUGAAUAAUCCUGCCUAAUAGUACCAGUUAUAGUUGUGCAUGAGCUUUGAAUCGUUUUCAAGGGCAGCUCCAUGCACAAACUCUUCAAUGAUCUACCCCAGCGGCUGGACAGGCGGUACUGCUCUGAGGGCCCUUCCACACAGCCAUAUAAUCUAGAAUAUCAAGGUAGAUAAUCCACAAUAUCUGCUUUGAACUGGGUUAUCUGAGUCCACACUGCCAUAUAAUCCAGUUCAAUGUGGAUUUUAUACAGCUGUGUGGAAGGGGCCUGAGAGAGAUAAAUAUGGUUUGAAGGGGAGAUCACUCUGUAUGGUUCUACUCCUUGUUUGUUUCAAGUUUAGAUUUUGCCUUGUUUUAGAAUAUAGGUGUAUGAGGGAUGCAAUUACCUGCAAAAUAUAAUUCUGUUUAUUUUAGAAAUUCAUAUUCUUCCUUCUUAUACUAGCCUCAAGCAAUUGACACAUGUAACAUAAUGUGUUAUAACACGAUUGGAUCCAAAGUAAAAGUGGGAUGAAAGGAAGUAUGUGUUCUGUUCCCCCAAAUCAUUUUCAACUCUCUCUUUGAAAAAAAAUAACAUCAAGAAACAGCCUAUUGUGUAUUUCCAGUUUUCUCUCAAAAAAGAAGAGUGGAGCAGGAUUGUUAGUUUUGUGUCAUAAAUGUCUUUAAUGGUCCUGAUCCUGCAGUGGGAAUCUGCGAUGAUUUGAGCUUGGCGGUGAGCCAGCUUGGAAGAUGGCUCACCUGCGUCUUCAUUUUCGAUCGGCAUAAUUUUUCCUUCUUGCUCAUUCAUCCACCAUCACUGUCAUCAUCAUCAUUGUCAUCAUCACUGUGCCAAGUUUAUUUUCUUUUUUUAUGAUUUCUUAUGUAUACUACAGUUGUAACAAAGGUGUAGCUUAGAUUCUCCACAAUGGAUUUUUAUUUUUUAUUGUCUGGUGAGCUUUAAUACAAAAGAUGCAAAAGAAAAAGGGUUCCAUUUAUUUUCUUAGACUUUUAUAAUGAUGAUUGUACAGAAAGUUGUACUCGUAUCACUGACAACGAUUGUGAAUGUCCAAAGUGGUGUUCUUGCCCCCUCUGCAUUUUACAAUUUUUGCCAUUACCCAUUAUUCUCUGUCAAAAUAGUCUUCUUCACUAACUGAAAUUACAUGUCAAUAUUAGGUUAUUUCAGCAGAGAUUGACUUAGUUCAUUAUGAACACUGCCUAAGAAUGUGGAAAUAAAAGUCAACUCCAAAACCAUUUUACAACAAAUGAUGAAUAAUGUUUCUACCCAUAGCAAGCCAAAUAUGUUUGGCAUUGAAUUUCAUCUCCUGUACAGUAGAGGGUUUGCUUUACUACCUGAUAUCCAAAUAAUAUCCUAACGGUAUGAUGACCUUUCUAUGAGUUUUAUGAGCUAACUUUUGCUGUGAAUAGUGAGUUGGCUCACUACUUUGUCAUACUAGUCUAUGUUCUGCUUAUUUCAGUAUGAAAUACUUAUUUAAAUAUGACAAGGUAUGUAUCCAACCUGGUGUUUAUAAAUUACUAAAAGUUCUUUGGAGCUUUGCUCCUUGUGCCAUUUAAUUUGAACACAGCAAGCACGUUUUGGCUACUUAUUGGUUUUGAGUCAUUCUCAUGAAUAGACUCUGGCAAGGUUUAAUUGCAUGCAAACUCUGUUAUCAACAUCCUAACUUUUUGAGUGACCAUUUCCCCAAAAGCAGUGGUUUGCAAAGAUCAGGAAUCUGUUCCACAUUUUGUUAAGCAACCCCAGAAAGUUGCAAAGGCAAAGUACAACACGAUGCCUAUGCUGCCCUAGUGUGUCCUAGAACAGAGGUUCUCAAACUGUUCUUUUUCAGACUGGUUGGAAAUGUUCAGUAUUCCUAGUGGACCACUUAACAGCCUUUUUUUCCCUAUUGUACUAAAAAUAAUGAUGGCAUUUACAUAAGGGUCUCCCCACUCAUUAAGAGCUGGGUACAUUUUAAAAAAUCCGGAGUAUAUUAUAAAUAUCAUGGUUGCUAAGCAAUACCCUAUAUUAAUUUUUUAUCAGGAAAGCUGUGAUGUAUAGUAAUGCCAUAUUAUGAGAGCCUAUAUAUUAGUCUGCCCCUUUCUUGACUCUUCCACAAAAUGCUCCCAAACCAAUAGCAGUUGGUGGUUUCCGUGUUAGUGAGAUCUGUUAAUCUGGUCCGGGUCUAGUGUGAACUUUAAACAAGCUAUCCAAAGUGAUGAAUCCUAUCUCUAAAUCUAUCUCAGCACUUUGGAUAGCACCUGUAAAGUUUUAACAAAAACCUGGAGUGGGCUUACCACCCCACUGAUAUGGAAGACGUUGCACCCAAUGGAUUUUGAGGACCACAGUUUGAGAACCUCUGAGCUGAGACAUUCCCAACUGUCUCCUGUUCCUGGCACACUGAAGUGGAAGACAUUUGAUAUAUUGCAGGCAGAUGCCUUUUCAGGGAUGUUUGUAUACUCUUUUAAAGUCUUUUCAGCAUUUUUGACCCACUGCUCCAAAGCAUCACUGAGUGACAGUACAUUCGCUACUGAACACUACUGAGUUGUGGAUGUUGCAAAUUAUGCUUUAAUGUGCAAUACACUUUUGUUGUAUAUUCUCUGCACCGCUGUCCUGUUAUUCAAAGCACUUUCUGAAAGAAAAUUGAUUGUAAUAGAGAGCUGCUGUCAGGUACUCGAUCCCUUAAAAUACAAUAGUUGGCAGUUCUGUCAUUGCUUCUUUGUUCAUUUUGUUUCAUUCCUGCAGAAUGAAUGUAGACCUCUUAAGGUCUGUCAACACAGUUUGCUUGAAAGGCAAAUGGCUUUUGAUGUCUGAAUUUUAUCAUAAUCUGAACACAUCAAAACUUGACAUAGUCAGAUGGGAAAGGUCUACAAAUCAGACUGGUUCCCAUCAGGAAUCUUUCAUUUUGUUGUUGAAACAAGAUAAUGGCCUUUAUUUAUCAAUUAUGGGUAAGGAAAAAUGGCAUAUAUAUAUAUAUAGCACUUCUGAAAGCAGCAUUUUGUUCCCAAUGGCUAAAAUUCUCCAGCAAAGUUCUCCCUUUGUUGGGUGAGAUGAUUCAGGGAUGUUUCCAAGCAUGGAACUAACUGCUGAUCUACAUCUAUUAUCUUUCUGUUCUGGGUUGGAAGGGUGUGUGUUGUGUGCAUCCCACAAUGGGGUGUGUGGCAGUGAUGGUACCUCUUUAAGAAAAAAAGAUGUCUCUUUUUAUAGUGCUGCUGAGAGAAAGGAAAGAGAUAACUUUGUAAAUUGUAAAUUAUACAGAUCUAUUUAUCCUGUUAAUUUCUUUCAAUGACUGUGACCUUAUGCACUGUGAAUGCUCUUGUGAUAUGGGGUUCUUUGUAAAAAUCUGUAUGUCAUUAAAACAAAAAUCCACAUGUGAUAAUUUGUUACAUAAUAUUGGCAUGACCUUGAUUAUUUUUAUUGGGAAAAGGAGGAGGAAAAAAUCCAAUAGUUAAUAUGAAUGGAACUGAGGAUUUAUAUUUACAAUAAAACUAGCAGUCAGUAUUGUAAGGGAUACUUUACAACAUCAACAUAUGUACUCUGUCAAUACAAUAAAUAAGAACAACUGAA